CGAAAGUAUCCAGCAGACGCAGCUAUGUCUCUGUUGAGUAUUCCAUGUCUUGUUCGAUUAAAACGCGAACAACAACACGUAUAGCUUCCGCUGGAGGCAUAUCCCGGCUUUGGACAGCAUACUACAAUUUCAUUAUCGAAAUAGAGUCGUCUGAAGCGGCACCGACACCAUGCUAACCACAGUUACCGCUGUGGUUAGAUUUACUCACUACAAUGACACUGUUUCACCUACAUCGCCGGAGAACGCGUCAGCAUUCCCAACCUGGCAACCCGACUCUGAAUCCAACAUCAGCAAGCCUCACAAAUGUCUGCAACUCCUAUAUGAAGACGUUGGAGACUCCAGGGUGCGCUUCUGGGAUAUUUUACUGCUGGUGCCAAAUGUAGCCUUCUUUGUGUUCCUGAUAUGGAAGCUGCCCUCAGCCAGUGCGAAGAUUCGACUCACCUCCAGCCCCAUUUUUGUCACCUUCUACCUGCUGGUGUUUGUUGUCGCAGGAGUUGGAAUCACCCGAGCGAUUGUGUCUAUGACCGUCAGUGCGUCCAGCGCUGCAACCAUCGUAGACAAAGUGCUGUGGGAAAUCACCCGUUUCUUCCUGCUAGCUACUGAGCUCAGCGUUGUCAUCUUGGGACUGGCCUUUGGUCACUUAGAAAGUAAGUCCAGCAUCAAACGUGUGUUGGCUAUAACUGCUGUGCUGGCUCUGGGAUACUCAAUCACACAGGGCACGUUAGAGAUACUAUACCCAGACAGUCACCUGUCCGCUGAGGACUUCAACAUCUACGGUCACGGAGGACGGCACUUCUGGUUGGCCAGCUCCAGCUUCUUCUUCCUGGUGUACUCUAUGAUUGUUUUCCUGCCUAAAACUCCGGUGAGGGAGAGGAUAUCUCUGCCAUCUAAGAGGAGUUUCUAUGUGUACGCCGCCAUCCUGUCUUUACUCAACUUCGUUCAGGGUUUGGGCAGCGCUCUGCUGUGUGCUGGAAUCAUAGAAGGACUCUGUUGUGUGGAUGUCACCACCUUCCUGUACUUUUCUGCCUUUGCUCCACUCAUUUACGUCACAUUCCUCAAGGGCUUCUUUGGCUCAGAGCCCAAGAUCCUGUUUUCCUAUAAGUCUCAGGUGGACGAGCCAGAUGAAAGUGAUGUCCACCUUCCUCCAACGAUCGCCACAACUCUUGGCCGCAGGGACCUCACUGACCAGGGCCUUUACUACUCUUCCACACAGAUCGACGGCUCUGGUUCCAGCAGCUCCCGCAUGGUUGGAGCUUAUUUGGAUGACGUUGUAUCGGGACCCUACGGGUCCAACAGCAUUGAGGCUGACCGCUGGAGACCUGUCAACGCGUGAGCGAACGGAUGUACAAGAAUUCAGCUGGACUUCAAAUGUGCAAAUUUAGUGUGUUUUGGAAAGAUGUUGAUCGUAGAGGUUGACCAAAAAAACAUGGCAGAUCCAGCUGAUUGGACGCAGUGGAAGUGUAACCCUGUUCUUUCUAUGAUGCCAGAAG